GCAGUAAAUGUAGCUCCACAGAAUACCCCCCAGUUCAGUACCAAGUAACUGAACAGAGGAAAAAUGGGAACAAGCAGGGGAACAUGGAGUCCUAUUUAUGUCCUCCUGAUUCCCUAUCUACUGACACUAGUCAAUGGAUCUGCCCAAAUGGAUACCUAUGGUCAGAGUACAAACGCUGACAGCAUACAAGAUUCCGCAAACGUAUACGACAACACGUACCAAGAUCCAAAUCCAUUCAGCUUUGGUACUUCUUCCUUUAUUUCUCCAAGCUUAAAUCCCAUUUUCAAAAGUAGUUCCCCUGCACACAAUGGAUAUGUCUGCAGUACCUGGGGCAAUAACUAUUUCAAGACCUUAGAUGGUGAUGUAUUCUUCUUCCCUGGAGAAUGCAACUACCUAUUUGCUUCAAACUGCAAAAGCGUCUCAGAAGACUUUAACAUCCAGAUCAGACGUUCUGUUGUGAAUGGUCUACCUACAGUUAGCCACAUCAGCUUGAAGAUUGAAGGGACAUUCAUUGAAAUCUCUCAAGGAACUAUUAAAUUCAACGAAAAUGUGGUGACCCUGCCAUACAGUUUAUCUGGAAUUCAGAUUGAUAGAAUUGGAGCGUACAUCAGAGUUAUUUCCAAAGUGGGCCUGGAAUUUAAGUGGAAUGAAGAUGAUGCUGCAAUGUUGGAACUGGAGGAGAAAUUUCGCAACCAGACUUGCGGUCUUUGUGGUGACUUCAAUGGAAUUCCAUCUUACAAUGAAUUCAUGUUUAACAAUGUUAGGCUAACUGAUAAUCAGUAUGGGAACAUGCAGAAGAUGAAUGGGCCAACAGAAACAUGUGGAGAUUUGCUUCAGGUUUCAGAAGACAACUGCACUGCUGUGAGCAACAUAUGCCAGAUGAUCUUAAACGGUGCAUCAUUUUCCUCCUGCAACAUUCUUGUCGAUCCUGCUCCAUACAUAAAUGCUUGUGUACAGGACAUUUGUCGAUGUGCAAGUAGUUCAACUGGAUUCUGCCUCUGUAAUACAUUUACAGAAUAUUCUCGUCAAUGUGCUCAUGCUGGGGGGAUCCCAAGCAACUGGAGAACUACCGAUUUGUGCCCUUUACAAUGUCAAUACAACAUGGAGUACAAAGAAUGUGGAACUGCUUGUCCAGAUACCUGUACCUAUCCUGACCGCUCGUUAUCCUGUGACAGACACUGCACAGAUGGAUGCUUUUGUCCUGCAGGAACUGUAUGGGAUGACAUUAACAACUCUGGAUGUAUUCCCAGCUCCCAGUGUUCCUGUGUUUAUAAUGGACAUGUAUAUAGCUCUGGGAGCUCAUAUUUUGCACAGUGUCAGUCAUGCACAUGUUUUAGAGGAAAAUGGCAGUGCUUUGACCGAGAUUGCUCUGGAUCAUGUUCAGUUAUUGGGGGGUCUCACAUCACCUCUUUUGAUUUCAAUCGGUACAACUUUUUUGGUGAUUGCACCUAUGUCCUGACAAAGGCACGUGACAACCAAUUCAGUGUGUUGGCAGAAUUGGCGAAUUGUGAACUUAAAAGCUAUACAACUUGUUUGAAAAGUAUUGCCAUCUACUUAGACUAUGGAAAUUAUACCAUCAAUAUUCAAUCCACUGGCAGUAUAGAUGUGAAUGGAAUCUUCACCCAAAUACCCAUGUCAUCAGCAAGUGUGACCAUAUUCCAGCCUUCUUCCUUCUUCAUCAUUGUGGAAGCAGCUGUAGGAUUUCAGGUGGAGAUACAGCUUGUCCCAAUAAUGCAGGUGUACAUUUACAUACAGCCAAACUGGAGGGAUCAACUGUCUGGGUUAUGUGGUGACUACAAUAAUGUUCAACUGGAUGACUUCAAAGUGCUAAGUGGAGUUAUUGAAGGAGCUGCCUCCUCUUUUGGAAAUACUUGGAAGACCAAAGGAAGCUGUCCAAAUGUUGUGUCAUACUUUGAUGAUCCUUGCUCAAACAGUGUUGAAAAUGCAAACUAUGCCAAUUUCUGGUGCUCAAAGUUAAGUGACCCUGAGGGACCUUUCGCAGAAUGCCAUUCUAAAGUGGAUCCACUUUUAUACAGAACGAACUGUAUGUUCGAUUCUUGCAUCCAUGCCUACAGUCAAGACAGCAUGUGUGCAGCUCUCUCAGCUUACGUCCAUGCUUGCGCUAGAAUGGGUGUUCUCAUAACAGGAUGGAGAGAUACUAACUGCGAUUCAUACACCACCAAAUGCCCAAGUACAAUGAGUUACAGCUACAAUGUCACAGCCUGCCAACCUACCUGCCGUUCCCUCAGUGAGCUUGAUGUCACUUGUGAAAUCGACUUUGUGCCUGUUGAUGGCUGUGUCUGUACAGCGGGAACCUACCUUAAUGAGCAGGGCUUCUGUGUACCUCGUGAACAAUGUCCCUGCUAUUUCAGGGGCAAAAUUGUGCCAUCAGGACAAACCAUUGGUGAAUUUGGAGCCUCAUGUACCUGCAACAUGGGAAAAUUAGACUGCAUUGGACACCUUAAGCUUUCGAAAGAUUGUAAGGGGCCUAAGGUCUAUUUCGACUGCACUAACAAACCUGCUGGGACCACUGGUGUAGAAUGUGAGAAGAGCUGUCAGACUCUUGAUAUGAGCUGUUACAGCGCUCAGUGUGUGCCUGGCUGCAUGUGCCCCGAAGGAUAUGUAGCAAAUGGAACUGAUGGGUGUAUUCAACAGGAACAGUGUCCUUGCAUGCACAACAAUGACGCUUAUGCCGAUGGGUCUACAAUCAGAGUUGCAUGCCAAUCUUGCACCUGUAAAAACAGAAUGUGGGAUUGCACUGGUGAGACUUGUCUGGGAACCUGUGCUGUGUAUGGAGAUGGCCACUAUUACACAUUCGACAGCAAGAGAUACAGUUUCAGUGGAGACUGUCAAUACAUUCUGGCUCAAGAUUUUUGCAAUGAUCCCACAAAUGGUACCUUCCGCAUCAUAACUGAAAACAUUGCAUGUGGAAGCACAGGAACCACUUGUUCCAAAUCUAUCCGGUUCCAUCUUGGAAAUAAUGUACUAGUACUCGCUGAAGGAAAGUUUGAAGUGCAUCAGAAAGAUUCUGGAACCUAUGUGCCAUACAAAGUGCACCAGAUGGGCAUAUUUUUGGUGAUUGAGACUCUAAAUGGCAUAGUUCUAGUGUGGGACAGGAAAACAAGUAUUUAUAUUAAACUUCAGCCAGAGUUUCAGAGUAAAAUUUGUGGAUUAUGCGGCAACUAUGAUGGAAACGCUAUAAAUGACUUCACCACCAGAAGUCUAUCAGUGGUUGCAGAUGUACUGGAAUUCGGAAACAGUUGGAAACAAUCCACAAGUUGUCCAGCUCCUGUAGCAAUCGGGGAUUCUUGUGCAGCCAAUACAUACAGAAAGCCAUGGGCAGAGAAAAAGUGCAGUGCUAUUAUUGGGUCCACCUUUGCGGCUUGCCAUGCUUUUGUAAACCCAAAUCCAUAUUAUUCCACAUGUGUCAAUGAUGCUUGUGCUUGUGAUAGUGGUGGGGAUUGUGAGUGUCUCUGUACUGCCAUUGCUGCAUACGCCCAAGCCUGCAGUGAGGCUGGUGCAUGCGUCAGCUGGAGAACCCCAGAUUUCUGUCCUUUGUUCUGUGACUUCUACAACCUUGAAGGACAGUGUGAAUGGCAUUACCAAGCAUGUGGUGCACCAUGCAUGAGGACUUGCAGGAAUCCAAGUGGAAAAUGCUAUUACAAACUGAUGGGAUUAGAAGGUUGCUACCCAGUAUGUCCACCUGACAGACCUUACUUUGACGAGGAAAGGAUGCGCUGUGUGAGAUCUUGCUGUUAUGAUGGUAAAGGCCGAAAUUACAUGGUUGGUCAAGUGAUGGAGAGAGAGCCAGAGGACGCUAUCUGUACAAUCUGUGUUUGCACCAGAGGAGGAAGGCAAUGCUAUGCUGAUACAAGUUGUUGCGAGUAUGAUAAAACAAUGUAUACAACAGCUCAACCAAUCUAUAGUACUACUGAUGGACUGGGAGGUUGUAUCCAUGCUACAUGUAAGAAUGGAACAAUUGUAAGAUCCACUACAGAUACACCUUGCAUAGAAACUACAACAAUACCAACAACAACUAGUGUAACUACAACAUCCACCAGUACACCAGGUUGUAGUACCUUCCGUACACCUCCUACCUGUACAAACACUUCAUGGAUUGAUGUAAGCUAUCCAGUAUUUGGAGGAACUGGAGAUGAUGAAACUUUUGAUAACAUCAAAAGAAAUGGAAUUCCCAUUUGUGAUGAGACAAUGACUGUAGUGAGUGUUGAAUGCAGAGCAAAAGAGUUUCCAGGUUAUUCAUUGAAAGAUAUUGGACAACAGAUAACAUGCAAUAAAGAUGUAGGUUUAAUCUGCCUUAACAGCGACAAUUACCCAAAAUGUGAAAACUAUGAAAUCAAAAUUAAAUGUUGUACAGGAGAACCAAUUACAGAACCAAUUGAAACAACUACAUGUUCAAUGACAACUACAACAACAACUACAAGUAGUCCAACAACAACUACAACCACAACAACAAGCCAUCCACCAACCACAACAACAAGCCAUACAACAACUACAACGACAAGUCAUCCUCCAACCACCACCACAUCCCAUCCACCACCAACAACAACCACCACCACAUCCCAUCCACCAACUACAACAACCACAACAAGUCAUCCUCCAACCACAUCCACCACCACCACAUCACAUCCCCCAACCACCACCACAUCUCAUCCACCAACCACCACUACCACCACUACAUCUCAUCCACCAACCACCAGCACUACCACUACAUCUCAUCCACCAACCACCACCACAUCCCAUCCACCAACAACAACCACAUCCCAUCCUCCAACCACAACAACUACCACAUCCCAUCCACCAACCACAACAACAACUACAACAAGUCCACCAACAACAACUACAUCUACUACAGUGACCACAACGAGUGUUACCCCAACACCCACCAGGACACCACGUUGUAUUCACUACCCUGUCUGUACAAAUACCUCAUGGAUUGAUGUAAGUUAUCCAGAAUUUGGAGGAACUGGAGAUGAUGAAUCUUUUGUUAAUAUCAGAAGACAAGGAAUUUCUAUUUGUGAUGAGACGAUGACUAUUAUGAGUGUUCAAUGCAGAGCAAAAGAAUUUCCCACUGCUUCAUUGGGAGACUUAGGACAAACAAUAACAUGCAAUAGAGAUGUAGGUUUGAUAUGCCAAAACAGUGACAACUUCCCAAAAUGUGAAAACUAUGAAAUCCAAAUUCAGUGUUGCAGUGAUAUUCCAGGAAGAGAUGGUGAAACAACACCAGAUACAGCCAUAGAAACAACUACAUGUUCAAUGACUACAACAACAACUACAAGCAGUCCAACAACAACCACGACCACAACAACAAGCCAUCCACCAACCACAACAACAAGCCAUACAACAACUACAACGACAAGUCAUCCUCCAACCACCACCACAUCCCAUCCACCACCAACAACAACCACCACCACAUCCCAUCCACCAACUACAACAACCACAACAAGUCAUCCUCCAACCACAUCCACCACCACCACAUCACAUCCCCCAACCACCACCACAUCUCAUCCACCAACCACCACUACCACCACUACAUCUCAUCCACCAACCACCAGCACUACCACUACAUCUCAUCCACCAACCACCACCACAUCCCAUCCACCAACCACAACCACCACCACCACAUCCCAUCCACCAACAACAACCACAUCCCAUCCUCCAACCACAACAACUACCACAUCCCAUCCACCAACCACAACAACAACUACAACAAGUCCACCAACAACAACUACAUCUACUACAGUGACCACAACGAGUGUUACCCCAACACCCACCAGUACACCACCUGACUAUAAUGCCAAUACCAUGAGCUCCAAAAUGGUUUUGGUAUCCUGUAUAGAUGAUAAAAAUAUAUAUACAAUAUGUACAAAGGCAGAUAACUUUGCUCCUUUUGCAGGUUGUAUUCACUACCCUGUCUGUACAAAUACCUCAUGGAUUGAUGUAAGUUAUCCAGAAUUUGGAGGAACUGGAGAUGAUGAAUCUUUUGUUAAUAUCAGAAGACAAGGAAUUUCUAUUUGUGAUGAGACGAUGACUAUUAUGAGUGUUCAAUGCAGAGCAAAAGAAUUUCCCACUGCUUCAUUGGGAGACUUAGGACAAACAAUAACAUGCAAUAGAGAUGUAGGUUUGAUAUGCCAAAACAGUGACAACUUCCCAAAAUGUGAAAACUAUGAAAUCCAAAUUCAGUGUUGCAGUGAUAUUCCAGGAAGAGAUGGUGAAACAACACCAGAUACAGCCAUAGAAACAACUACAUGUUCAAUGACUACAACAACAACUACAAGCAGUCCAACAACAACCACGACCACAACAACAAGCCAUCCACCAACCACAACAACAAGCCAUACAACAACUACAACGACAAGUCAUCCUCCAACCACCACCACAUCCCAUCCACCACCAACAACAACCACCACCACAUCCCAUCCACCAACUACAACAACCACAACAAGUCAUCCUCCAACCACAUCCACCACCACCACAUCACAUCCCCCAACCACCACCACAUCUCAUCCACCAACCACCACUACCACCACUACAUCUCAUCCACCAACCACCAGCACUACCACUACAUCUCAUCCACCAACCACCACCACAUCCCAUCCACCAACCACAACCACCACCACCACAUCCCAUCCACCAACAACAACCACAUCCCAUCCUCCAACCACAACAACUACCACAUCCCAUCCACCAACCACAACAACAACUACAACAAGUCCACCAACAACAACUACAUCUACUACAGUGACCACAACGAGUGUUACCCCAACACCCACCAGUACACCACGUUGUAUUCGCUACCCUGUCUGUACAAAUACCUCAUGGAUUGAUGUAAGUUAUCCAGAAUUUGGAGGAACUGGAGAUGAUGAAUCUUUUGUUAAUAUCAGAAGACAAGGAAUUUCUAUUUGUGAUGAGACGAUGACUAUUAUGAGUGUUCAAUGCAGAGCAAAAGAGUUUCCCACUGCUUCAUUGGGAGACUUAGGACAAACAAUAACAUGCAAUAGAGAUGUAGGUUUGAUAUGCCAAAACAGUGACAACUUCCCAAAAUGUGAAAACUAUGAAAUCCAAAUUCAGUGUUGCAGUGAUAUUCCAGGAAGAGAUGGUGAAACAACACCAGAUACAGCCAUAGAAACAACUACAUGUUCAAUGACUACAACAACAACUACAAGCAGUCCAACAACAACCACAACCACAACAACAAGCCAUCCACCAACCACAACAACAAGCCAUACAACAACUACAACGACAAGUCAUCCUCCAACCACCACCACAUCCCAUCCACCACCAACAACAACCACCACCACAUCCCAUCCACCAACUACAACAACCACAACAAGUCAUCCUCCAACCACAUCCACCACCACCACAUCACAUCCCCCAACCACCACCACAUCUCAUCCACCAACCACCACUACCACCACUACAUCUCAUCCACCAACCACCAGCACUACCACUACAUCUCAUCCACCAACCACCACCACAUCCCAUCCUCCAACCACAACAACUACCACAUCCCAUCCACCAACCACAACAACAACUACAACAAGUCCACCAACAACAACUACAUCUACUACAGUGACCACAACGAGUGUUACCCAACACCCACCAGUACACCACGCAGAUAACUUUGCUCCUUUUGCAGGUUGUAUUCGCUACCCUGUCUGUACAAAUACCUCAUGGAUUGAUGUAAGUUAUCCAGAAUUUGGAGGAACUGGAGAUGAUGAAUCUUUUGUUAAUAUCAGAAGACAAGGAAUUUCUAUUUGUGAUGAGACGAUGACUAUUAUGAGUGUUCAAUGCAGAGCAAAAGAGUUUCCCACUGCUUCAUUGGGAGACUUAGGACAAACAAUAACAUGCAAUAGAGAUGUAGGUUUGAUAUGCCAAAACAGUGACAACUUCCCAAAAUGUGAAAACUAUGAAAUCCAAAUUCAGUGUUGCAGUGAUAUUCCAGGAAGAGAUGGUGAAACAACACCAGAUACAGCCAUAGAAACAACUACAUGUUCAAUGACUACAACAACAACUACAAGCAGUCCAACAACAACCACAACCACAACAACAAGCCAUCCACCAACCACAACAACAAGCCAUACAACAACUACAACGACAAGUCAUCCUCCAACCACCACCACAUCCCAUCCACCACCAACAACAACCACCACCACAUCCCAUCCACCAACUACAACAACCACAACAAGUCAUCCUCCAACCACAUCCACCACCACCACAUCACAUCCCCCAACCACCACCACAUCUCAUCCACCAACCACCACUACCACCACUACAUCUCAUCCACCAACCACCAGCACUACCACUACAUCUCAUCCACCAACCACCACCACAUCCCAUCCACCAACCACAACCACCACCACCACAUCCCAUCCACCAACAACAACCACAUCCCAUCCUCCAACCACAACAACUACCACAUCCCAUCCACCAACCACAACAACAACUACAACAAGUCCACCAACAACAACUACAUCUACUACAGUGACCACAACGAGUGUUACCCCAACACCCACCAGUACACCACGUUGUAUUCACUACCCUGUCUGUACAAAUACCUCAUGGAUUGAUGUAAGUUAUCCAGAAUUUGGAGGAACUGGAGAUGAUGAAUCUUUUGUUAAUAUCAGAAGACAAGGAAUUUCUAUUUGUGAUGAGACGAUGACUAUUAUGAGUGUUCAAUGCAGAGCAAAAGAAUUUCCCACUGCUUCAUUGGGAGACUUAGGACAAACAAUAACAUGCAAUAGAGAUGUAGGUUUGAUAUGCCAAAACAGUGACAACUUCCCAAAAUGUGAAAACUAUGAAAUCCAAAUUCAGUGUUGCAGUGAUAUUCCAGGAAGAGAUGGUGAAACAACACCAGAUACAGCCAUAGAAACAACUACAUGUUCAAUGACUACAACAACAACUACAAGCAGUCCAACAACAACCACGACCACAACAACAAGCCAUCCACCAACCACAACAACAAGCCAUACAACAACUACAACGACAAGUCAUCCUCCAACCACCACCACAUCCCAUCCACCACCAACAACAACCACCACCACAUCCCAUCCACCAACUACAACAACCACAACAAGUCAUCCUCCAACCACAUCCACCACCACCACAUCACAUCCCCCAACCACCACCACAUCUCAUCCACCAACCACCACUACCACCACUACAUCUCAUCCACCAACCACCAGCACUACCACUACAUCUCAUCCACCAACCACCACCACAUCCCAUCCACCAACCACAACCACCACCACCACAUCCCAUCCACCAACAACAACCACAUCCCAUCCUCCAACCACAACAACUACCACAUCCCAUCCACCAACCACAACAACAACUACAACAAGUCCACCAACAACAACUACAUCUACUACAGUGACCACAACGAGUGUUACCCCAACACCCACCAGGACAACAGGUUGUAUUCACUACCCUGUCUGUACAAAUACCUCAUGGAUUGAUGUAAGUUAUCCAGAAUUUGGAGGAACUGGAGAUGAUGAAUCUUUUGUUAAUAUCAGAAGACAAGGAAUUUCUAUUUGUGAUGAGACGAUGAAUGUUGUGAGUGUUCAAUGCAGAGCAAAAGACUUCCCCACUGCUUCAUUGGGAGACUUAGGACAAACAAUAACAUGCAAUAGAGAUGUAGGUUUGAUAUGCCAAAACAGUGACAACUUCCCAAAAUGUGAAAACUAUGAAAUCCAAAUUCAGUGUUGCAGUGAUAUUCCAGGAAGAGAUGCUGAAACAACACCAGAUACAGCCAUAGAAACAACUACAUGUUCAAUGACUACAACAACAACUACAAGCAGUCCAACAACAACCACAACCACAACAACAAGCCAUCCACCAACCACAACAACAAGCCAUACAACAACUACAACGACAAGUCAUCCUCCAACCACCACCACAUCCCAUCCACCACCAACAACAACCACCACCACAUCCCAUCCACCAACUACAACAACCACAACAAGUCAUCCUCCAACCACAUCCACCACCACCACAUCACAUCCCCCAACCACCACCACAUCUCAUCCACCAACCACCACUACCACCACUACAUCUCAUCCACCAACCACAACCACCACCACCACAUCCCAUCCACCAACAACAACCACAUCCCAUCCUCCAACCACAACAACUACCACAUCCCAUCCACCAACCACAACAACAACUACAACAAGUCCACCAACAACAACUACAUCUACUACAGUGACCACAACGAGUGUUACCCCAACACCCACCAGUACACCACGUUGUAUUCACUACCCUGUCUGUACAAAUACCUCAUGGAUUGAUGUAAGUUAUCCAGAAUUUGGAGGAACUGGAGAUGAUGAAUCUUUUGUUAAUAUCAGAAGACAAGGAAUUUCUAUUUGUGAUGAGACGAUGACUAUUAUGAGUGUUCAAUGCAGAGCAAAAGAAUUUCCCACUGCUUCAUUGGGAGACUUAGGACAAACAAUAACAUGCAAUAGAGAUGUAGGUUUGAUAUGCCAAAACAGUGACAACUUCCCAAAAUUGAUAUUCCAGGAAGAGAUGGUGAAACAACACCAGAUACAGCCAUAG